UUUACCAGUACCAGUUUGCACGUUGGGCACUUCGCACGCCUACUGAGGCUCCAGGUGAUUCACUAUCCGUGCGCCCGCCAUUGUAAUCUUAUGAAUCACGUUCUUCCCAUUCGAUACCUAUAUCACAAUGUGUUCUGUAUCUCGGCGGAGAAACCGGUCUUCGGUCGGACUCUAGUUCACUCGAGGUUUCGAAGGAAUUGGUAUCGUAGAGCGUCGUCGUGAAGACAGAGAUGUUGAAGCCGUUUUGUGCGGAUGCGGUUGUUGAAAGACGUUUUCGGUUCGGAGUGUCUGUUGAUUUAGUGGUGCACUGAAAGCGUUUUUUGGGAUUUAUACCAGUUUUUGUUGCAGAUAAUCAUUCAUUGGAAGAUAUUGACUGCUAUGCACUUCAACGAAAUUCAAUUUGACCAGAACUCAUCUCUCUGAAGGAAGCAAGUGUUAUGAUAUUAUUUUGAUGAUUAUGAUGGGUGAAAAAUGGUGAUAACAAUGGCCAAAUUAGCAGUUGUGUCCCUGUUCCUUCUCACAGCUUCGAAAUGCCUAUCCCAAGAAGUGGACGACUGGACCAGAAAUUGCAACAAAUGCAAAUGCCUCUGGUCGAGCGGCAAGAAGACAGCAGAUUGUACAGAUAUAAACCUCAACGCCAUACCUUCAGACCUCAGUACGCAAAUCCGUGAAAUGGACUUCUCCCUGAACCCAAUCUACGAGUUGGGCAUGAAAGUUUUCAUCAAAAAUAAAAUACGAGACGUACAUAAACUAAGAUUUCAAAAUUGUAGCUUAGAAUCUGUCGACAAGACUGCCUUUCAGGAACUUUGUUUGCUCAUCGAAUUAGAUUUGUCGAGGAAUAACCUGAAGAAGAUCGACAAAGAAACAUUCAGGGAUAACCUGAAAAUGAGGAUACUCAAUCUAAGUUUCAACAAGUUGACAAGACUGGAGAGUGGCCUAUUUUAUAACAUGACGCAUCUACAGAGGAUAAUCCUGAACGACAAUCAGAUAAGUUGGAUGGGCCAAUCGGUGUUCGAGAAAUUACCAGCACUGCAACACAUCAACUUGGGAAACAACCAACUCAAAACCGUCAUCAACGAUUUUACGAAAAAUUUAGAGAAGUUGAACAGUUUAAAUGUUGAAGGAAAUCCUUGGGUUUGUGACUGUCACCUGGAGGAGUUUCGCAGGAAAACGUUAAGGGAGAAUUGGAUCACGACCCCCACCAGCUGCGCUGAGCCUCCAAGGCUGAGAGGUAGGUUGUGGUCAGGCUCGGAUGUUUUCGCUUGCGCCCCUACGAUAUUGGAACCUCAGGGUAUGACUUCUUUGGAAGUUUCAACAACGAACGUUACACUUACUUGUAAAGUUACCGGCCAGCCUCUCCCAGACGUCGACUGGGUGAUAAACGGAAGAAUAAUGGCUAAAGAUCCCAGACAGACCAAUCAGAGAUAUUAUUUGGCUAAGAGCAUCGAAGGUAACUUCACCUGGAACAAUUUGACUAUCGUCAACGUUAACUACAGAGAUAGAGGAGAGUAUAGAUGCCUCGCUAAAAAUCCGGGCGGCAUUGACGAGCACAACGUAACAGUGAUCAUUUCGAGUGAGCUCACUCACACUGCCGGAGUGUCGAACAUAAUGAAGCCUAUGGUUGAUUAUCUACCGUUGUUCAUUGGUGUAGGACUAGCUGUGCUAUUCUUGCUCAUUUUGAUCGCGUUUUUGAUGUGCCGGGCUAGAAGACCUAAUCCUAGGAACGGAACGGACAGAAAGGGGGGCGAUAACGAGUCUUCCAGCGAAUACAUCAACCUGCACGGACAACCGGACCUGGAAAAGUCACUUAUCACGGACGUCAAUCCGGUUGUCAAGCCGCCAAGAUUCGUGAUGCCGACUCCCAUGAGCAUGAGCGGAGGUGGGACCGAAGUGAGCGACGCCAAGAGGAAUCUAUUGGACAGUGACAGUGUUUACAUUGGAGAUGAUGAAUCCCGUUCGCUCGACUUCGAUAUACAAUCAAGGAAGACUGACAUGUUGGACAUGCGGCAUCCAUACCCGCCAGAUCUGCUGCCUCCAUUCCCUCACAGAGCAUCCCAGGUGUCUCCAGCGGGUAGCUCUGCUUCAACUGUCGCAGAUACUUCAAGAUUGCCGGCGCUUCAUGGUCCCCAAUCGCCCCUGCACAGUCCAUUUUAUGACCACAUCUACAGAACGCUGCCACAUUCGAGGUCUCAUUCUCCGUUCACCCCCGUGUCUGCACCUUUCGUGCCUAGGCAGGGUUACGUCACUAUUCCGAGACGCCCAAGGCAACAGAGCUGGAGCAGCGAACCACCCGAGGUUGCUGAACCGCUGUACGACAAUUUGGGACGACGCACAACAGCAACGGGGAGUUUAGUGAACAGACUAGCAUUGAGCCCCACCAGUUGUGAUCCUAUCGCGGAAAACGAUACUCCUCCCGCAGUGUCUGCCACGCUUCCAAGAAACUUGAACCAAAAAUUGUCCCCUUCGAGGACUAAUUGGGCCAAAGCGAAUGCCGAGGCGUUCCAAAGUCCAGACAGGAGAAACUCCCUGUCUGUGUUUCCGCCCACCGAUCAAAAACCCUCCAAAAUUCCUCCUAGACCCCCGCCGAAACCCAAGAAGAAGACCUCCACUGGUCCCCUGUUCGAAGACGAAGGCGAAGACGGUACGGAAGUGUGAGAAUGGCUUAAACUGGUGCUGCCGGCACUGGUUGCAUGUAGUUAAGAUUCAAGUGUGGACCAAUGGACUUAUGUACACAGGGUUUUCAUAAGAAAAACAAAACAAAUUGACGUUUGAUAAUGUUGAAUUGAACAGUGCCUUCCCGUCGAAAUAGAUUAGUGACUAAAUAAAUCAUAUUUAUUCGUUCGUGCUUAAAUCGUGAUCGAUGAAUUGUGCAUAAUUGUAAUUUUUCAUACGGGCUUCCAUACGACUGAUGUAAGAAAAAACAACGACCCAUUUUAGGUAAAACGAAGUUUCUUUUCUGAGAUAAGAGGAAAGACAUGUAGCUAAACGAACAAAAGCUGUUUAUGGUGAUGACCCAGAACGUUAAGUGAAAUGGAAAUCACGCUAUCUCGCCAAGCGGGUGUAUGCCGAAUUUCUUCCCUAACCUCUUCGCGGUCUGAUGAAUAAACUUGCCGACCGUGAUUGAUGAGAACGAGUCCGCUCCAUCAGUAUUAUUAAUUUAAGAUAAGCAGUGCGAGAACAUGGGAGCCGUCUCUAUCAUCAUCCCUGAUCUCAGUAAAUCGUUGUAGUGUAUGAACUCGACUGUGAUCUUAUGACAGUUACAAAUCGUGCGGAGCCAGCCAAAUGUAAAGCUCGCUUGUACGGCAACGCCAGUCUAAAUUAGCUUGCAUAUGAUGUCAUUGUUUAUACAUCAUUAUGUAUCACCAGUAAACCACCUGUUCCUCUAAGGACUCAUAACAAUUAAUACAGUGGAAGACAUGUCUUGCCUUGUAUAUCGUCUGUCAUCUUGAGAAUUAUUGCUUUUCGAUGUUCACAACCCCUCCACACGAUACGAAAUUACAUACACUCCCCUCUAAUGUAGUUUAUAAGACUUAAACGAUGCAUUGGUUGCUUGUAUCAUUCAUUUCAAAUGAUUGUUCUAUAUAUAAAUAAAUUAUAUAUAAAUUGUAUAUAAAUAUUUUCUAUGACUGUAUUCUAUAUUCUUUUCCAAUAUAGAUUGCUAAAUGUAAUUGAAAUGAAUUCGAUUUGAAUUAAAUCUAUUUAAAGAUGA